AUGGUACGUGCAAAAAAAUUAUCUAGAAAGAGCAACACGUCUGAAACAGUAAGUGUCAAACAGCCAGGGAAUAAGAAAAAAGGAAUUAAAAAUGUUGGAACCUAUAACAGUAACACACCAAGCAAGACGAUUUCGGGAUCAGGCAAAACAAAAUUCAAGCCAUUUACAAAGCCUAAGAUUUCUCAAGGAAAGGUAGAAGUGAAAAAGAAAUCCAAGCAGUCUAAGCAGAUAUUCAAAGAAAUUAAGUAUUAUCAGAAUAACAUAGGCUUCCUAGUGACACAUGCAUCAAUGGUGAGAUUGGUUAGAGAAUUAACUAAUCAAGAUGUUAACUUGCCAUAUAAAUUCACUAGAACAGCAUUUGAAGUCAUUCAAGAAGCAACAGAAAAUCACAUAGUGAAAAUAUUGGAGUACGCUAACCUAGUUGCAAGACAUGCAAAAAGAGUCACCCUGUACGCAUCAGACAUCCAGCUUGUUCUACGAAUUAAAAGUGGUUUAUAA